CCACUGACUCGACCAAAACACGUCUCCUUAAAACAAAAAGUCUCUUCAAAACAAUCCACUCUCUUUAAAAUCUGGGACACAAAAAUGAAGUAUUUCUCAACACGAGGAGGCUCUGAACGUCUUUCUUUUGAAGAGGCUGUCCUCACCGGCCUCGCACCCAACGGCGGCCUCUACAUCCCCGAGCACAUUCCCCAGCUCCCCAACGGCUGGAAAGAGUCCUGGAAAGACUACUCCUUCGUCCAGCUCUCCGUCGCCGUCCUCUCGCUCUACAUCUCGCCCGACGAGAUCUCCCCGCAAGAGCUGCACGACCUUGUCUCAAAAUCGUACGCCACCUUCACGCACCCCGAUGUCACGCCGAUCGUCCCGCUCGAUGACGGCGGCGACCGAUUCGUGCUCGAGCUGUUCCAUGGCCCGACGUUCGCGUUCAAGGACGUCGCGCUGCAGCUGCUCGGGAACCUCUUCGAGUUCUUCCUCAGCCGGCGGAACGCGCGCAAGCAGCCUGGAGAACCGCGCGAGAAGCUGACGAUUGUCGGCGCGACGAGCGGCGACACUGGCAGCGCAGCAAUCUACGGCGUACGCAACAAACCCGACAUCUCCAUCUUCAUCCUCUUCCCGCACGGCCGCGUCUCGCCCGUCCAAGAAGCCCAAAUGACCACCGUCCUCGACGCCAACGUGCACAACCUCGCCGUCCACGGCACAUUCGACGACUGCCAAGACCUCGUCAAAACCCUCUUCGCCGACACCCCCUUCAACGCCGCGCAUCGCCUCGGCGCCGUCAACUCGAUCAACUGGGCGCGCAUCCUCGCUCAAACCGUAUACUACUUCCUCGCCUACUUCCACGUCGACGAGGCCCUGCGUGCCCAAGGCAAGAAAGGGCUAGGCACGAGCGAAGGCGAGCGCGAGGUGCAGUUCGUCGUCCCCACGGGCAACUUCGGCGACGUCCUCGCAGGCUUCUACGCGCAGCGCAUGGGCCUGCCCAUGGCCAAGCUCGGCGUCGCGACCAACGCAAACGACAUCCUCUACCGCUUCUGGAAAUCAGGGCGGUACGAAAAAGUCGACUCCUCAUCCUCCUCCCCUCAGAACGGCACCGCCACCGCACCCGCUGACGGCGCCUCCGACGGCAAACAAGCCUCCUCCACCGGCGGCGGCGUCAAAGAGACGCUCAGCCCAGCCAUGGACAUUCUCGUCUCCUCCAACUUCGAGCGCCUCCUGUGGUACCUCGCCUUCGCCGCCUCCCCCGACAGCGACGACGCAGCGCGCAGAGAGAAAGCCAGCGCGACCAUCGCAGACUGGAUGGCGCGCGUCAAGUCCGACGGCCGCGUCGAGGUGCCCACUGCCAUACUCAACGCCGCACGCGCGGACUUUGUCGCGGGCCGCGCGGACGACGCGCAGAUCACGCGCACGAUCCAGCGCACAUACGACACCCCGCCCGCGCACUACGUCGCAGACCCGCACACGGCAGUCGCGCUGCACGUCGCUUCCGAGAUCGAGCGCCCCCAAAACACAACCCAAAUCGUCCUCUCGACCGCACACCCCGCCAAGUUCUCUAGCGCAGUCACACAAGCGCUCGUCGACGACCCCUCGCGCAGCGCCGCAGCAGCCGGAACGAAACCAUUCGACUUCGACGCGGUCCUCCCACCCGCCUUCCGCGGGCUUCUCGACAAAGAGCGCCGCGUCGAGGAGGUCGCAGCACCACAGAUCGAGCUCGUAAAGGCUGUCAUAGAGCGGUUCGCUGUCAAGGAGGACGUGAGCGGGAAGCCGCCGACGGGGAGCGUUUGAAGUCGGGCGCAUCAGACGAUGUAGGAGUAGGGGUGAGUGGACAUGCAGGAGCGACAUCUAUUGGUUGUGUUGGGUUAACUGCGAUAUUAGGGUUCUAUGCGGUAUUGUGUAGACAAUAAAAAUUAUACGAGUGUAGUAAUAUACUUAGUGCGUGUAUGCGUUGAUGACCAUGAGAGCUGAGAGCUGAGAGGGAGGAUAUCUAUCGCUCUCUGGGUUUUGACGAUGAGGAUGCAGGCGUGUUGGCGUUGCGAAGAAUGAGUGGUUUCUUCUCAAAGAGCCGCUUGGUCGGCGCCUUGGGCGUGUACUUCGACGGCCCGUCCGAGCCCAGCGCCCUCGAGACCGCUUUCGCAACGCGCUCCUCCUGGCCCGCCCGUUUCUCCACCAUCUCCUGCAGCGCGUUGAUCAGCCGCUCCUGCUCUGGACGCUGCCCCGCGACCCACGCGCGCUCGAACUUGGACGCCUGCGCGCGCAUGGAGCGCAGGCCCACGCGGACGUGCUGCACGAGCUGUGCGGGCGGCAUGCGGUAGAUCUCGAUGCGCGGCCAGACGAUGUAUGUCCAGCCUUCGAGGUUCCACGGCGUGUCCGGGGCCAUGUAUCCCGCCUGCGACGGGUCAAACGCGAGCGCGAGCUUUCGUUUGUCUGGUUUCUUCGUUGUUGUAACAGUGGCGGCCUCGUCGCCUUCUGAUUCUUCUUUUCCACCACCACUCCUCUUUCCCUUCCCCGCCUCGUCCGAGAGCACGACGCCCGUGCGUGCGUCAACAGCGACCGCGCCCCGCUGGAUGACGAGCGACACCGCAGUGCGGAACUUGGUCUGCAGUCGGCCACGAAUAACUGCACUCUUGCGCGUCGCCUUCUUGCCCGUGAGGAACUGGAUGCAGAUGCUGAACGCGCGCUCCUUCCCCUCUUCCUCGCCCUUCCCCUUCCCCUCGUCCCUGCUCCCAGCAUCAUCAACCCCCCUCCCAAACUUGAACCCCCCCUCCUUCCCGCCCUCCUCUUUCUCGCCCUCCCCUUUCAACACAGCAGCCCUCCGCUCCCUCGCCUCCCUCGC